AUGGCCAUAGGCUAUCAUGUAUCUGGCGAGCUUGUAAGUCGUAAUGUCUCAUGGUUUCCCUCACUGAGCAACAAAACAUGGAAAAUUUUGGCUAUAGUGGGCAUCGUGCUAGCCUGUAUAAUAGGGUUAUGGAUUCUAGGCUCUUUAGUGCGAUGUUGUGUGCAUGGAGUUGGAGGGUUCUAUGAAUUUUGUUUUUUCUGCUCUCCACGCACAAAACAACGCCGUUCUGUUCAACGACCUGUUCCACCAUCAGCACCUUACAGCGCCCCUAUGGUCAUCUACCAGCCGAUCGUGGAGCCUAAAAGCACAUAUUACCAUGAGAUGCAUUACGAUUUGGAGUCUCAGAAACCUCCUCUUGCCACACGAGAGGAAAGGUACGAAUUUGGGGACUACCCUAACCACAGUUCGAGGCCCAGAUACUGA